AGAAGACUCUCUGUCGUUAUGGCCAGAACCAAGCAGACCGCCCGUAAAUCCACCGGAGGCAAAGCCCCCAGGAAGCAACUGGCCACAAAGGCCGCCCGCAAGAGCGCCCCGGCCACCGGCGGAGUGAAGAAGCCCCAUCGUUACAGGCCCGGGACCGUGGCACUGAGAGAGAUCCGUCGCUACCAGAAGUCCACCGAGCUGCUCAUCCGCAAGCUGCCCUUCCAGCGCCUGGUCCGUGAGAUUGCUCAGGACUUCAAGACCGAUCUGCGCUUCCAGAGCUCCGCCGUCAUGGCUCUGCAGGAGGCCAGCGAGGCUUACCUGGUAGGGCUGUUCGAGGACACCAACCUGUGCGCCAUCCACGCCAAGAGGGUCACUAUCAUGCCCAAAGAUAUCCAGCUGGCACGCCGCAUCCGUGGAGAGAGAGCCUAGUCUGACCCCUCAUGUACUGAACACCCAACCCAAAGGCUCUUUUAAGAGCCACCUAAACAAACUGUCUGAGCAAAUACUCCUACAGAGUACUAGGAGAUAGAAUGUGAAUGAAAAUUUUGUAUUUUUAAAUGUAACCUUCACAAUCAUAAUAACUUCUUAAUCCAACGAGUGAAUUAAAUCCAUGUCAGUAAAACCCAUUCUUGUUCAGGUUGCACCAGAUGUCACUCUGUACUCAGCCUUCCCUACAGGAAGCUAAAUAAUAUUACUUCAGAGCAAUCCGUAAAACAAAUUGUGCUGUACUUACAUAAUCAAGAUAUAAUAAAUGCAAAAAUUUUUGAUCCUGACCCCUGAA